UUCCAUCGAAGGUGGUGUCACAUGAACACACAUUCACAGGGGCUAAACUUAGCUCUGCUGAACACGAGGAAGACACAAGAAAACACACACACACACACACACACACACACACACACACACACACACUACACCGGAUUUAACUGGAGUGUUUCAAAAGUUUAACGGAGGGAAAAUCUGUGUUUAUAUCAUUUACUCUGAGGAAGACGAAGCCGAGGCCAAACAUCUAAAACGUCACAUCCUGAAGAUAUUUUCACUCAUGAUACGGUUUUAAAGCAAUUUUCUCACAAUGUCUCCAGAUAUCUCGUCUCUCUGGGCUCUUUGCCUCAUCCUGAUGUUGUCUGGAUGGUGCGAUGCCAGCUGUGCCGAGGUGGACUCCAUGACGGAGGCAGUGGUCGGGAAGGAGUUCCUGUUAGGAUGCAUCUCCUGUAAGAAGCGUGAGGAAGUCAGCGGUGCUGCGACGGUGGACUGGCAUUUUAAACCCGCCGGAGGAAACGAUUCCUUCCACAUCUUUCAUUAUGAAUACCCGAGAUCCACCAUCCUGCAUGAGGACUUCAACUCUCGUCUGGAGUGGAGAGGAACCAAAGGCACGGAGGAUCUCCAGAUUGGAGCCAUUGCCAACCUGAACGUCACGUUUGACGACGUCGGCACUUACACGUGCACGUUUGAGCGCACGCUUUUCCUACCACUCGGUGACGAACACGUGACCAUCAAGAAAACAGUGGAGCUCAUUGUCCUGGCAGAAGAGAAGCCUGAGUUGACCGCAGUGAUUUCAGAGAUCAUGAUGUACGUGACCAUCGUGGGGCUGCAGCUGUGGCUGAUCGCCGUGCUGGUCUACUGCUACAAAAAGAUCUCGGCUGAGAACGAGGCUCGCGAGGCCAGAAAAGCUCUCCGUGAAAAAAACAAACUUAUCGACUCGAAGGACACUUGUGAUGGCGUGCACUUGGAAUAGCCGCACUUCCUGUCAGUCUUAUUCAUUAGUAUUAUUAUUAUUAUUAUUAUUAUUAUUAUUAUUAUUAUUAUUAUUAUUAUUAUCUAGCGCUCCUGAUUUAGCCUCAGCCACUGACUACACAAUGAUGAUCAGUAACUUUCUAACUUCAUCCAUUUACUUCUCUGCUAAUUUGUAUUUUACCAAACCUAUUUAAAUUAGCAUAUUUUUCUGUCAUGCUAGUAUAUGUCUAUUUUCAUGCUAGUUUGUGAAGUUGUAUAUUUAAUGGUAUGAUCGUUUGUAACACUGUUACCUGUUCUGUUAGUUUGCAGGAUGAAUGUUAGCAUUUCACUGCUAUGCUAAUUUGAAAGUAACUCGGUUUACUAUUAUGUUAGUGUAUUUGCUAAGUAUUUGAACUUUAAUGCUAGUUUUCCUUUAUGCUAGUUUGCAAGUAAAGCUGUUUGCUCUUAUUAAAGUUUUUUUGUUAGC